AUGCGGAAACUUAAAACAAAUAAAUCUAACAAAUGUGUUCUAGUCCGUGAUAAGCUUUUUGUUAAUGGAAUUCCGUACAAGUUUGAAACCGGUAUGCCUGAAAAUCCACGACCGAACGAGCACUACGAAGAAAAAUCACAACCCUUUUCUGAGACAUGGUUAAAUCGCUCAGUUACUUCUGAAGACUUAGUGCUGCACUCAUAUCAUAAACCUGAACGAAAAGAUCGUGAUGGUGAUUCUCAUGGAGGAGUUAUUUUGUAUGUUAGAGAGAAUAUACAUUACCUGCGUAGAUCAGACCUUGAGAUCAAUCGUCUAGAAUGUCUAUGGGUGGAAAUAGUUCUUUGUAAUAAUAAAAAUAUACUAUUUGGAGUCUUCUACCGACCUCCUAGUUCUGACACCAUAUACAAUAACCUGAUUGAGGGUUCUAUUGGUCUUGCAAUUGACACAAACAUCUCGGAUAUAAUAAUCACUGGAGAUUUCAACUACAAUGCUCUAUGUCCAACUCCACACAGAAACAUUCUUUCCAUCACGCAACAAUUUAAUCUAGAACAGCUUAUUGAAGAACCAACCCAUUUCACUGAACACUCGACAUCCAUUCUAGACCUUAUUUUCGUGACAAACAGAAAUAACAUUCUUCUUUCAGGUGUUGGGGAACACUUUCUUGAACAAGACCAACGGUACCACGUUCCAAUUUUCGGGCUUCUCAAAUUUAAUAAACUGAAACAAAAAUGCUUUGACAGACUGAUAUGGGAAUAUGAUCGGGGUGACUACGAUAGCCUAAGAGCAGAAAUCGACAAUUUCAAUUGGAAUAGCUGUAUCGAUCCAGAUAUCAAUAUAUACGCCUCCAAUAUAAUCAGUCAAAUCACAGUCAUUUCAAAACAUAACAUUCCUAAUAAAAAUAUCACAAUUAGACCCUCAGACGUCCCUUGGAUGAACAAUAAUAUAAGGAAGAACAUACGAAAGCGUAAGCGUAUCUACAGAAAAGCUAAGAGAACAAACUCACCUAAUCACUGGCAUAAAUUUCGACAAGUCCGAAAUGAAACUGUUUUGCUCAUUCGUGAAGCCAAAUCACAAUACCUCAUCAAACUUUCAGACAAACUUAAAAACGGAUCAUUCUCUUUAAAAGAUUGGUGGACUACCUUAAAAUCCUUCAUCUCUAGAACGAACAACAAUGUUAUUCCUCCAUUAUAUAACUCCAACACACGACAAACUACGUCUUCUGAUUUUGAAAAAGCUAACCUUUUAAAUGAUUACUUCCAAGAGCAGACAUACAUUGAUGACGAAAAUAUAGAGAUACCUAAUCCUGGUCCAACGAAUUCUACCACUAUUUUAAAUUAA